GCCCGCGGCGCCGCUGCGCAAGCCGGAGCGGUGCCUGCCUAGCCGGAGCGGCUCCUCCUUCGCGCCACCAUGGAUUCGGACUCCGGGGAGCUGAGCGACGGGGAGCUGGUUCCCUCGGCAGGUCCCGAAAACUUUAGUUCCAAAAGUCUUGCACUGCAAGCCCAGAAAAAGAUCUUGAGCAAAAUGGCCACCAAGACAGUAGCUAAUAUGCUCAUUGACGAUACCAGCAGCGAAAUCUUCGACGAGUUGUACAAAGUGACGAUAGAACACCUGAAGAACAAAAAAGAGGCACACAAAAUUAUGAAGGACUUGAUCAAAGUAGCCAUCAAGAUCGGGAUCCUCUACCGAAACAAUCAGUUCAAUGCCGAAGAGCUGGAAAUUGUCGAAAAGUUCCGCAAGAAGCUGAACCAAGCGGCUAUGACUAUCGUCAGUUUUUAUGAGGUGGAGUACACGUUUGAUAAAAAUGUUCUGUCGGGACUCCUGAAUGAAUGCAAAGAUCUUGUGCAUGAACUAGUAGAACGGCACCUGACGGCCAGGUCUCAUGCACGAAUCAAUCACGUCUUCAACCAUUUUGCAAAUAUGGAGUUCCUCGCUGCACUCUAUAGCAUCGACGGAGAAUGCCGGCCUCACCUCAAAAAAAUCUGUGAUGGAAUCAACAAACUUCUUGAUGAGAAAAUCCUUUGA